GGAAUUGAGCCAUCGUUAAGGUUAUCAAUCUCAGCUGUGCUUUUCCUACUAUGACAAGUCAAUAUGUCUGCUGUGGAAAAUGUCCAUAGCACAUUAAGUGGAAACAGGAAGUGGGGAGCAGCAGAGGAAGUAGCUGAGAGCUACAGUUUUAGUUUCACCACAGCACACACACACACACACACACACACACACACACACACACACACAGCAACAUAUACCUGAGACUGAAAGCUUUCGUUGACAUCCACUUACAGCUGGUCAUGGACUGCAUAGACCCCAUCCUGUUAGCGGCCUCAACAAUCUACAACCUGGUUGAGAACGUGAAGGCCAAUAAGAAGCAAUGCAAACGCGUUGGUGUCCGGGUCAAAGCACUGGAGCAUGUGGUGAAGUCCAUCAGAACGCUGAAACAGGGACAGACCUCUGCCGACGUAGAAAAAACCCUCCAGGAGCUCAAAACUACUCUGGACUCGGCAACGGUUGUCAUCGAGAAAUUCACUAAGUCCACCUGGGUGGACCGCGUCCUAAAAUCCAGCAGCCACCAGGACGAGUUCCACAGUUUGAACGAUCGCCUCAACGAUGCCUUCCAGGUCCUUUCUUUAAAUCUGGCCGUGGAGCAGAAGGAAAUGCUGUUCAAGGUCUUUGACCAGACGUCCAGAGAGAAAGAAGAUGAGGCGGACAGGAAGGAGGACAACACCGAGCUGGAGAGAUUGCUCAAGGAGCAUCACAAGGAGAUGUUUGAGAAACUAGAAGCCAUGCAGAGAGAAGUUGAAUCCAUCGGAGUCAACGUGGAAAAGAUCGUGGCGAACUUGAAAAAGCCAAGCAUCACUGAGGAAGCCAUCCGAAAGAUCAAACCAGACGAGCUGACCUACACUGAUUUUCCCAAAGUGCCCUUCAUAAAAACAGAAACAUCAGAGGUGUACAAAGGAACGUACCGCCACUUCCCGGUGGCCAUCAAGAGAUACACUGAGACUCUGAACACCAGCGUAAGCACGGUGGAGAAGAUUUUCAAUAAGGAGGUUGAAACCAUGAAGCGGUUUGAGUCACCCAACAUCCUGCGAAUGUUUGGCAUCUGUGUGGACAAGCAGGGACCCAACCCUCAGUGCCUCCUCAUCAUGGAGUACUGUGAGAUGGGAAAUCUCCGUCAGGUUCUGGACGAUAAAAAACUCACACUUUCCUGGACCAUGAAAGCUCGUAUGUGUCAGGGCGCGGCGCGCGGACUCUACCGGCUGCACCACACUGAAGACCAAUCUAAGGUUCAUGGAUCCAUCAACAGCAGCAAGUUCCUGGUGUCUGAAGGCUACGUAGUCAAGCUGGGAGGCUUUGAGCUGGCUAAAACUGAGACAUCGCUGAAAAAGACAACAAAGGCAAACGCGCACGGGUCUCUGGCCUACUCCUCUCCGCAGAUGCUGCUCGACAUCAACUACAAGUACAGUAAAGAGUGCGAGAUUUACAGCUUUGGAAUCGUCAUGUGGGAAGUUGCGACCCGUAACAAACCUUAUGAAGGUUGGUCAAAUAAGGACUUCCUUGAGAAAGUGGGCAAACAGAAGUACCAGCAGCCGCUCCCUGACGACUGUCCUAAACCGCUGAGAGAUCUGAUCAACGCCUGUCUGGCCCACGAUCGCUUUGAGAGACCAUCCGCUGGAGAGCUGGUGGAUAAACUGCAAACUGCAUUGGAAAAGAUAGAGGAGUGAUAAAAGGCUUCAUCCCUCGGCCUCUCCGUCAGCAGGACUCAGGGUUUCUGGUCAGGGACAUCCUCAGGAGAAGAAAUAAGACAAGAUAACACAAGAUGAUAUCCCUUUAUUGUAAUUGGAUGAUGCAUACAAUGAGAUUCAGGUGUAGUACCUGAGACUGUGCUCAAAAAAUACCUGUUGUCAACACAUGCAUAAAUUAAAAGAUUAAAAGAGGUGUGUGUGUGUUACACUGUUUUUAA